CCACACUUAGCUUUGACAAAUCCACACGUUAUCCCCUCUCCUUCCUCGCACCUUCGCCCCCUUUCUCCCCCAUUUAUACGGCCCCUCUCUCCAUUCCCCUUUACCUUCACCAAUUCCUCAUCUCAUCUACUACUGUUUGCACCGAUUAACGAUAUUUUUUGAGGUUUUAAUUCUAAAAUGGAGAACAAUCAAUCCUCGUUUUGGCAGUUCAGUGAUAACCUCCGCCUCCAGACGGGGAGCCUGGCCGAUCUGUCCCUCAACGACUCAAUCUGGAGCACCAACUACGCGGCAAAGCGGACCACCGAGGAGAGGCGCAACUUCGACUUCCGCAACGCCGAUCUGAAGUCGGAUUUCAACGUAGGGUUCAGCAACGAUGCGUGGAAGGCGCCGAUCAACGAUAGCUUUAACAGCGGAGUCAAUUACUCCGGCUACGGAUCGGGCUCCACCGGGCUGAACGGCGGGUUUAAUAAGGGCGUUUACUCGACGCCGUCGAUGAAUUUCAACAGCUAUUACAGUAAGGGGAAAGGUUUCGCCAAUAAUGCUGUGGUGAAUGGGAAGAUUAAUAGGGGGAAGAACGACGAGGAGCAUGGGGGUAAAUUGGGGAAGAAGAAUAGGGGGAAUAAGGAGACCGGUAAGGAUAGUAACGGCGACAACAAGACGGCGGUUGAUAAGAGGUUUAAGACGCUGCCGCCGGCUGAGGCUUUGCCGAGGAACGAGACCAUCGGUGGAUAUAUUUUCGUCUGCAACAACGAUACCAUGGCUGAGAACCUCAAGCGCCAACUUUUUGGGCUGCCACCACGCUACCGUGACUCUGUUCGUGCCAUAACCCCAGGAUUACCCCUCUUUCUGUACAACUACUCAACUCAUCAGCUUCAUGGAGUUUUCGAGGCUGCAAGCUUCGGAGGCACAAACAUUGACCCCACAGCUUGGGAGGACAAGAAGAACCAAGGCGAGUCGCGCUUCCCUGCUCAGGUCCGUGUGGUGACGAGGAAGAUCUGCGAGCCUCUGGAGGAGGACUCGUUCCGCCCAAUCCUCCACCACUACGACGGCCCCAAGUUCCGCCUUGAACUUAACAUUCCUGAGGCUCUAUCCCUUUUGGACAUUUUUGAUGAGACCAAUGCUUAAGAUGAAUGGUUGAUGGAUGGAUUGAAGGAAGAAGAACAAGGGUAGGCAUUUUGGUUGGUUGGUUGUGUAUAUGUAUAUAGAAGGAAAGAUACAUAUAUCUAUCAAAAGGAGUUUUGGGACUUCGUUUGUAAUACUACUACAAAAUACUCUAUACAAUUACAAGUAGAUUUUAAGUUAAUGUUUUCUUGUAUAAGUGAAUAAUACUUUGCUCUUUUCUUCAA